CCGAUCAAUUUCUUAAAUCUUAAAUUCUCAUUAAUAUAAAACGUGGGCGGUAUACGGGAUAAGAAAUUAACUGAUCGAUUAUUCUCCUUACAUUCGAAUCUAAUUUCUUAUUCUUACGAACAUACUCCCAUUGUAGACUAUGCUUAAAGUUGCAAAUGGUGUAGGAGGAGGCUUGCGAUUCGGCGGCCCCCAAAUGAGUGAAGUGAUAGUUCAACUUGAAUAGACAACAUAUUUUAUUCGAUAGUCAGUUAUAUGGACCUUUGAGAAUACAAUGGUGAUGGAAGAACAGGAAUCGAAUAUAGAGCUGGCCUCGGAAAGAAUUCCUGUGCCUCAGAUACAACAGCCGAAGAUGGAUUUGAUUAAGCUCAAUAGCAGGUCGGGUGUUUCGCGUGGUAAACCACGACUAAGGAAAAAAGCAUUGCAUGCUGCGAUACUCAAACAAAUGGAGUUUUAUUUCAGCGAUGCCAAUUUGAAUAAAGAUCGCUACUUGUCAGAACUUUUGAAAAAAAAUCCUUACGUAGAUCUUGAUAUAUUUGCAAAUUUUAAUAAAUUAAGCACAUUAACUACGGAUACAAGUAGAAUAGCCAAGGCUUUACAAAGAUCAACAGUGCUAAAAGUAUCUGAAGAUGGCAAAAAGGUCUGUCGAUUGACACCUAUUAACAAAAAGGAAGAUACGGAUGAAUGUACAGUUUAUGUACAAAAUCUACCUCCAGAUACCGAUCAUGAUUGGCUGAUUUCUGCCUUUUCCAAAUAUGGUACAGUAGUAUAUGUCUCAAUUCCUCGAUACAAAAGCAAUAAGAAAAUAAAGGGUUUUGCAUUCGUGGAAUUUGAUACUCCAACAAGCGCUAAACAAUGUAUUAAGGCAUUUCAAGAAGAAGGAUGUGUCUUGCCAUCUCAUACAUCUCCUAGUGAUCUGUUGAGUAUAACUACUUUCAAUAAUGAAAAUCUUACAAUAUGUAAUAAACCAGAGCAACACAUCCCUGAGGAGACGGUUGCAACCGGUGACGACAAAAAAAAUGUUGCGAAAGACCAAACUAAGAAUGAUGUUCACGAGAACGAAACUGACCAAUUAGAUACCAACGCUAGACAUUCUUUAGGAAAAAGAAAACUUGUUCCAGCCAAGUCAUUUGUUGUAGAUGAAAAUGGUGUUAGAAUAAAAAAAAGGAGAACAACUACGGAUCAAAAUAUAGCUGAUCAGCAUAAUAGCGAUAUGGAAAAUCAAGAAACAUCGAAUAAAGAUAUUAUUACUAAUCGCAAUAAGACCGUAGAAACCGAUAGAAAGAGAAAGAGAAAGUUAUCAAUAAAUGAUACAUCUAAAUUAGGAUACGAAGGAAUGGUAAAAAGAGAUUCGCGUGGGUCAACGGCACAAUUAGAUAAAAAUCAAGCAAUAGAAAUGGCUAAAUCUGUAGAUAAACGUCACGAUGACAGUAAUAAGGAAUCUGUAUUACAAGCUGGAAAGUACCCUGUGGAAAGAGAUACUGACGCAAUAAGUAGCAAUAUCGAGGAAAAAGAAACCGGCGCUGAUGAAAGAAAAAAGAAGAAAAAUCGUAAAAAGAGGAGCAAUUUUCAGAAGGAUAUCACUAGCGAUAUGAUGCAAGUAAUGGCCAAACGAGAUUGGAAACGGCUUAGAAAUAAAUACUUAGAAUUACAAAAGGGCAAGAUGCAACAAUUGAAACUGCACUUGAAGAAAACAAGAUGGAAUUAUGACAAAGCUGGGCAAAAUUGUGACCAAAAACCGAAAUAUGAAAAGGACGAAAAAGUCGACAAAGCGGAACAAUCAUGCUAUGGACGUAUCAAUUAUACACCAGGAAUUAUAGUGAAAAUUGAAAUGAAUCAGCCUUGUACAGAUCUACAAAGUUUCAAGAUGGAUUUGAAAGGCGACAAUUGUGUAAAAUAUAUAGAUGUAACGCAUGGUUCCUGCGAAGCGUACGUGAGAUGUGAUACAGCAGAAGCUGCACAAUCGUUCGUACAAAAAAGUUACGAAGGAAGACAUUUGACAAUUUUAAAAGACGAUGAAGAGAAGUUAUAUUGGAAUAAAAUAGAACAGGAUCGGCAAGAAAAGCUGCAUAAUAAAAAAAGAUUCAAGCAGAGAGGGCGUGAUAAAUUAUUGAAAAGAGCAGAAAAGGAGCUUGGAAAAUGUAUAAAAUUCGAUCAGUAUAUAUAGGAGCAUUAAAAAAGGGUACUUGUUCGAUAUCUACUUUAACGACGAUUUCAUCUUGUACAGUCCAUGUGAAGUGUCCUAAUGGUGUUACUGCUUCUGGAGGACCUUGAUCAUACCUGUGUUAAAUUCAAAGAGAAUAUAGAGUUCAACAUUAAUA